AUGUCGGCACUACGGAUCCGCGCAAGCCUUGCUUCGCAUCGCAACACUCUCUUUUCAUUUGCGCAAUCCUGCACGCGACCACAAUUCCUCGCAAGCCAAACAUCGCCACUCCUCUCCUCCCUCUCUCGCGCAUUCUCCUCCACACCCUCAACUCAAAGUUGGCUUCUCCCCCGUGCCGGCGCGAACAAGAAGGACCGCAAAGGACGACCUCGCGUACCCACCGGAGGCAGCACUCGCGGAACCACCGUCGUCUGGGGCGACUACGGCCUCCGCCUACUAGACCACGACCGCCGUAUCAGCGCCGCACAGCUCAAAAUCGGUGAAGAUGUCAUCCGCAAGCGCCUGCGUGGCAUGAAGUACCGCCUCUACACCCGCAUCUCCGCAAACAUUGGUGUCUACACUUCCGGAAAUGAAUCACGUAUGGGAAAGGGAAAGGGUAGUUUCGAUUACUGGGCUUCGCGUGUUGCCGUCAGCAAGAUCAUUUUCGAGCUCAAGGGAGAGUUGCACGAGCAGGUUGUCAAGGAUGCUUUCAGAUUGGCUGGAAACAAGUUGCCUGGUCUGUAUGAAUUUGUGCGUGCUGGAGACCCGCCGGUCAUGGGAAUUACAAAGCUCGGGAAUGGUGUUACAGAGGAGAUGCUCAGGAGGCCGAGACGUGAAUUGCCCCCUCCCAGCAUUGAUCAGUCUGCCAACCGCAUGCCCGAGUCUCCUUCGCCAUAA